AUGGCGUGGAGCGUGAGGGCAGCGGCGGUCGCGCGCGCGGCGCUUCCGCAGCCGCAGAGCCAAGUACGAGCGAUGCAUGCGUCCGCAUGUGUGUCGAAAAAGUCGGCGCCUAGCCGCGGCAAGGCGCGCAAAAGCCCCAAGACGCUGCUGCGUCUGUUCGCCGAGGGCAAGCUCAACGGCGCCGAGGCCGCGAGGGCCGCCGCGCUGAUGGAGACGACAUCCGCGGAGGGCACUGAUGCAGGCCCCGUUGCGCAGAAGAAGCAGGACGAUAGCGUCUCGCUGACCGAGGCACGCCACAUUCUCCGCUCUGUCGAGGCAGCGCGCCCGCGCAAUGCGUAUGAGCUGCAUAUCGUGACGAGUGUGCCGCCGAACCAGACGAAUGCGUUCCGUGGGCGCAUCGUCUACCCCAAGGACCCGCGCAUCAAGGGCGAGACGGCGCUGGUGUUUGCCGACCAGGGCACAGAGGCUGCGCAGGCCGCCGAGAAGGCGGCCGCGCAGCUGCGCGAGAGCGGCUCGUCGAUGCGCCUCAUCAUUGGCGGGCACGAGAUGAUCAGCGAGGCGGCCUCGGGGCGUGUGCCGCCGUUCACGCGCGUCCUGUGUACGUCCGCGCUGCUGCCGAGCCUGAGCCGCACGCUCGCGCGCACACUGGGUCCCAAGGGUCUGAUGCCGAGUGCGAAGCGUGGCACCGUGGUGGAAGACGGCGAGGAGAUGCAGCGCGCCAUCGAGCAGCUGCUCUCGGGCGUCGACUGGCGUGGCGACCGUCUUGGCGUCGUGCGCGGCGCCGUCGGCCGCAUCUCGUUCACGGACGCAGAGCUGCGUGCAAAUGUGCAUGCGCUCCUGGACUCGGUCAUUGCGCGUGCCGCAGGCGGUCUCGCCGGCACCAAGGUGAGCGCCAAGGUCGUCGCGGGCUACGCGCGCGACCUCUCGAGCGAGGAUGCGGAGGGCAAGCCGCUCAUGCACCGCGGACCCACGCCGCUGAAGCGAGCGCUCUCUAUUGUGCAGCAGGUGCACCUCAGCUCGACGCAGGGCCCCGGCCUGCGUUUGCGCCUCGACGAUGUCCUGUAG